UAGAGAGACACACUGAGGGAGGUUUACUUCAGCCGGCUUGCUCUGUUUCUCUCUUUCUGUCACACUCUAUCUACCUGCUGACUACUGAAGGCACUCACAGACCAAAUACAACCUGGACGGAGUCUAGAGAUGAUACUACCACAGGCUAACAGCCACUUUUUUUUAAUUGUUUUAAUUUAAUCAUUUAUUUAUUCAUUUAAAUGUUCUGUUUACCAUGAAACUAGCUUCCUGCUGUUGCAAAGGAAAUUCAAAUUAAAAUAAAGAGGAAAGGACCAGACAUUCUUUGGUUGCUAAGCCCAGUCAAGUACAGAUAUGGCCCAGGGACCAAAGGACCAAGGAGGUGUGGGGACUGCAGAUCCUGAUGACGACUCUCCAAACAUGAUUGUCUACAGAAAGAUCGAGGAUAUCAUUUACCGGAUACAGGAUGACAAGGCUGGGGGAGUGCCCAUCCGGACGGUAAAGAGCUUCCUGUCCAAGAUCCCCAGUGUAGUGACAGGUGCUGACAUUGUGCAGUGGCUGAUGAAGAACCUAAUCAUUGAAGAUCCAGGUGAAGCAAUCCACUUAGGAAGUCUAAUUGCUGCACAGGGCUACCUUUUCCCAAUAUCAGACCAUGUCCUGACCCUGAAGGAUGAUGGGACUUUUUACCGCUUUCAAGCUCCUUAUUUCUGGCCGUCAAAUUGCUGGGAGCCAGAGAACACAGAUUACGCCAUCUACCUGUGCAAGAGGACAAUGCAGAACAAAGCAAGGCUGGAGCUAGCUGACUAUGAAGCAGAAAAUCUGGCCAGAUUACAAAGGGCCUUCGCAAGAAAAUGGGAGUUCAUCUUCAUGCAAGCUGAGGCCCAAGUCAAAGUCGACAGAAAAAAGGACAAAACUGAGAGGAAGAUUUUGGACAGCCAGGAACGAGCGUUCUGGGAUGUGCACCGGCCUGUUCCUGGCUGUGUGAACACCACCGAGAUGGACAUCCGGAAGUGCCGCAGGAUGAAGAACCCACAGAAGGUGAAGAAGUCAGUGUACGGAGUCACAGAGGAUUCCCAGACACAGAGUCCAGUACACACGCCAGUCCAGCCCCAGAGGAAAACCACGAAAGAGGACGUCCAAAAACAGAUCACCUUUCUAAAUACACAGCUGGACAGGCACUGUAUGAAAAUGUCCAAAGUAGCUGAAAGUCUGAUGACGUACACAGAGCAGUUCCUGGACUUCGAUCCCUUUUUGACGAUGCCUGACCCAUCUAACCCAUGGAUCAGCGAUGACAUCACAUUCUGGGAGCUGGAGGCCAGCAAGGAACCUGGCCAGCAGAGGGUGAAGAGGUGGGGCUUCUCAUUGGACGAGGCGCUCAUGGAUCCUGUGGGGCGGGACCAGUUCCUCAAGUUCGUGGAGUCAGAAUUCAGCUCAGAGAACCUCAGGUUCUGGCUGGCCGUGCAGGAUUUGAAGCGACGCCCCCUACAGGCCGUCUCAGCUCGGGUUCAAGAGAUCUGGCAGGAGUUCCUGGCCCCCGGGGCCCCCAGCGCCAUUAACCUGGACUCCCACAGCUAUGAGCGGACCAGCCAGAACAUGAAGGAUCCAGGAAGAUACAGCUUCGAGGAUGCCCAGGAACACAUCUACAAGCUGAUGAAAAGCGACAGCUAUGCACGCUUCCUCCGUUCCAGCACCUACCAGGACCUGCUGCUGGCCAAAAAGAAGCUUGAGAACGAGCAGGGACGCCGAACCUCCCUAGAGAAAUUCACUCGCAGUGUGGGAAAGUCAUUGACAGGCAAGCGCUUGACAGGCCUGAUGCAGUCUUCCUGACAGAGUGAAGAGCCAAUCAGCAGAAGAGAGCAGCCUCCAGUCACAGCCCAGCAAGGGAGGGGCAUCCAGGGCGGGGCUUGAGGGGGGUGGUGAAACCCAGAGCUGACCAAUCUCCUCCCGCCAGCCAGUUUACAGUCUCCCCUCCCCCUGCCCCUCCUCCCACUGUACAGAGAGAGCAGCGCAGCACCACGCUACUCCACUAGGGGGCUCACCAUGACAUUGAUGUCAAUAAAGUGUAGAUAAAUGAGA